AACAUAACCCACCAUCGAUAGAUCUUCAACUAAUUAACCUAGUUGUUCCAUACGAAGGUCUGUCUUUCUUUGUUUCUUGAUUUGUACGACAGAUAUCCGCAGAAAGUGGAGUGAAUAUGAGGUUGAGCUGUAAUGGUUGUCGAGUUCUGAGAAAAGGGUGCAGUGAUGACUGCAUCAUACGCCCUUGCCUUCAGUGGAUAAAAAACCCCGAGUCCCAGGCUAAUGCCACCGUUUUCCUCGCCAAGUUCUACGGCCGUGCUGGCCUCCUGAACCUCAUCAACGCCGGCCCCCAAAACCUCCGUCCUGCAAUCUUUAGAUCAUUGCUGUACGAGGCAUGCGGGAGAAUUGUGAACCCUAUAUACGGGUCGGUCGGGUUGCUAUGGUCCGGGAACUGGCAGCUCUGUCAGAACGCGGUUCAGGCGGUUCUGAAAGGAGACCCGGUGGUUCCCAUAACAUCUGAAGCCGCGGCGGCGACUAACAACGAGCCGCCGUUGAAGUUUUGCGAUAUCCGGCACGUGAACAAGGACGAGAUGAAUUGUGCGGCAUCCACGGAUCUUCACCGGGUCAGGACCCGGUGCCGGUUCAAGAAAUCGGGCGCGAAGUCUCGGGUCCGGAUCGGGUUCAGCGACGAGGAGGGUAACAGGUCGACGACGAGCCAUGAGUCUGCGCUGAGCCACCAGUCGCAGGGCAUGGAUAUGGAGCCGAAUUUGGAAGAGCCAAGCCGCGAGGUUGAGAGCUCAGCCAUGGCCGCCGAGUCAAGCGGGAAGGAAGGGCAAGCCGAAGCGGGGGAUGGUGAAAUUGAGCUGGAGCUCACGCUUGGCCUCGCGCCGUCUCAAAGGAGAAGCCGAAUCCAUGAUGGGAAUUGAAGCUGUUGGCUCGGCUAGCUUCGAUCGAUGAGGAGUGCACACUGUACAGAAGACCUGGGCAUUUGAUUAUUAUGCAAGGAAAAUGCUCUUUUCUAAAAAUUUUGUUCGAUAUAACAAAAUAAUCAUCCGCAACAUAGUACGUCAAAUGACAUUUUUAGUGUUAAGAGCAGCUCUUUUAUUUUUCAAUGCUUAAUAAUCAAUUGUAGUUCAAUUUUGUAUAAUUAAUUCCCUCUUUUCUUUUUCGUCUUCA